ACCUUGGAAUUGGGAUCCGUACAUCCGGCAGGCAGUUAGUUCACUCGUCGCCGUUGCGUCAGUUCGUUCGACUCUCAGCUCACAGCUCAAAAUUCACAGUUAAAUAGAAAUAGCUCACGACGCGCCGAUUACAGCCAACUACAGCUACCACAUAGUUUUCGCCGCCAUUUGCGAUUUUUGUUGUUUUUUCUUCCAUGACCAAAAGUGACAAAAGGCCAUAGCCGCAAGGAAAAUAAGUGAAAAGCCACAAUAAAGGCGACAAAAAAAAGUGCAGAAUUGAAGAAUCAACCGAAACCGAAAAAAAAACCAAAAAUUCGUCGGGAAUUCUUGAGGUUUAAUAAUACACCAAAGUGCAAUCUGACAUCAUCUGCAAAGCUCCACUCUCCACUGCGCGAAAAAAGAAACACCAGAAAUCAAAAUAAAAUAAUACAACAAAUUCUAAACAUCAACCGCAGGCGACAACAUUCGACAACAUCAAAUGAAAAAUAACUCUUUUUUUUGGCCCAAUUGACACCAAAAACAAACAAACAAAAAAAAAAACACAAACCACUAAUGUAAAUCUUUUGAAGCCCACAAAAAGGACGAGUUUAAAAAACAGCAACGCACAACCAAGUUUCGAGCAGAAAGUUUAAAUUAAAACGACCAAAAAACGUAAAAGACAGUUGCAAAAGCCCGUGAAAAAAUCAAAACAAGAAAUGCAAACGCGACUUUAACACGAAUCCACUGACAAACGCUUGCUAAACGCUUUUUUUCCGGUUCAACAGAGGUCAGCAAAAGUUUCGACUCGGCAAAAACAAAAAAAGAAAUUACCAAAAAAAAAAAAAGCAAAAAGAAAAAAUCGAAUACAAACGUAAAAUCCGUCAAGGACAUGAUCAAAUCGAGUAAUUGAGCGCGCUAAAUUCAAAAAGUCAUCAUUCCACACAACAACACCCAAAAAGAACGAGAGUUAAAGUAGGAGUUAAAAGAAGACAAGCUAAAAACAGAGAGAUAGAAUCGCAAGUAUCUACGAAAUCAGUUUCGAAAGCAGCAGUUCGCGUUUUCGAAAGCCCCCUUGAAAUUCAGAAGUGUUCGAGCAUCGGUUAUUGCACAAGUUCGGUUUCAGCAGCUACACUCCCCCCGAUAUAUAUAUUAUAUAUAUACAUCCGAUAUAUCCGAUAUAUCCGAUCGAGUCACCAGUAGCCGAAGGUAAACGUAAACCUCAAACCUCAAAUCACACACGCACCCGAACCGAAGGAGCACCCAACCCCAAAAUGGCAUCCGAACUGGAUCAAUUCGCCGACCUGGAACUAUCGAAGGAGGAUCGUGAACAGAUCUUCGAUCCGCCUCUGGAUCGACAGCAGUUGGAAGGUGCUGGCACCUCAAGUGUUACGACAUCAAAAAUCUUAAUAAGCGGCAUACCGAUGCAAACACGUUUCGAAGACAUCGAACCGCUACUGAAGCCCUAUGGCAUCGUCAAACAGUGUGAGGCUAUUUCUAGUAAGGAUCAAAAUACUCAAACAGUACAUAUAACAUUCGAAAAUCCUGAGCAGGCGCAAAGAGCUGCUGGUGGUCUGAACGGCGUCGAGUUCGAGGGCAGCAAGCUGCAUGCCGAGCAGCUGGACAAGAACCAGCGGCGAAGCCAGCGCAACCAGCGCAAUCCGUACCCGGGGAUGCCCGGCCCCGGUCGCCAGGCGGACUUCCCGCUGCGCAUCCUCGUGCAGAGCGAGAUGGUGGGCGCCAUCAUUGGGCGCCAGGGCAGCACCAUCAGGACGAUCACACAACAGAGCCGUGCUCGUGUCGACGUCCAUCGCAAGGAGAACGUUGGCUCGCUGGAGAAGUCCAUUACGAUCUAUGGCAACCCGGAGAACUGCACCAACGCCUGCAAGCGCAUCCUGGAGGUGAUGCAGCAGGAGGCCCUCUCCACGAAUAAGGGUGAAAUCUGCCUGAAAAUACUCGCCCACAACAAUCUGAUUGGACGGAUCAUCGGCAAGUCGGGCAACACCAUUAAGCGGAUCAUGCAGGACACCGACACGAAGAUCACCGUCAGCUCGAUCAACGACAUAAACAGCUUCAACUUGGAGCGCAUCAUCACGGUGAAGGGCCUGAUUGAGAAUAUGUCGCGGGCCGAGAACCAGAUCAGCACCAAGCUGCGCCAGAGCUACGAGAACGAUCUGCAGGCAAUGGCGCCGCAGAGCCUCAUGUUCCCCGGUCUCCAUCCCAUGGCAAUGAUGUCGACACCGGGCAACGGCAUGGUCUUCAAUACGAGCAUGCCGUUCUCCUCGUGUCAAAGCUUUGCCAUGUCCAAGACCCCGGCCAGUGUGGUGCCGCCCGUGUUCCCCAACGACCUGCAGGAGACAACGUAUCUCUACAUACCCAACAACGCCGUCGGCGCCAUCAUCGGGACCAAGGGCUCGCACAUCCGCAGCAUCAUGCGCUUCUCGAACGCCUCGCUCAAGAUAGCGCCCCUCGACGCCGACAAGCCGCUGGACCAACAAACGGAGCGCAAGGUGACGAUUGUUGGCACACCGGAGGGUCAGUGGAAGGCGCAGUACAUGAUCUUCGAGAAGAUGCGCGAGGAGGGCUUCAUGUGCGGCACCGACGACGUCCGUCUCACCGUUGAGUUGCUCGUGGCCAGUUCGCAGGUGGGUCGCAUAAUUGGCAAGGGUGGCCAGAAUGUGCGCGAAUUGCAGCGCGUGACGGGCAGCGUGAUCAAGUUGCCGGAACACGCCCUUGCCCCGCCAUCCGGUGGCGAUGAGGAGACACCAGUGCACAUCAUCGGACCGUUCUACAGCGUACAGUCUGCACAGCGACGCAUUAGAGCAAUGAUGCUGUCGACAAAUCCGCCGCCAAUCACCAAAAAACAGAAAGCUGCCAAAGAACAAUUGCAACAACAGCAACAGAGCCUAGCAGGAGCUGCGACCAGUGGGUCACAGCAGCAGCAGCAACAGCAGCAGCAACAGCAGCCACAGUCGCCGUCGCAGCAGCAGGCGCUGCCGCCGCAAUUGCAUCACCAGCCAGUGUCGUCGGCGUCGUCAUCGUCGACGCCGCCUGCACACCACCAGCAGCAGGCGUCGACGGCAGCGACCUCGCACCAGUUGCAGCAACAGCAGCAGCAACAGCAACAGCAGCAGCAGCAGCAGUCAUCGCCGCCGCCAACUGGCAAUGCAACUGCGGCCGCAGCCCAGCAGCAGCAGCAGCUGGCGAGCUCACAGCAGUAGGCAGGAUUCACCAAUGAAGAGGAGAACAGGCGCCGCAGCAGCAGCAGCAGCAGCAACAGCAGCAGCAGCAACAUCAGCAGCAGCAGCAACAGCAGCAGCGAGAUCGCCAACAAUAGCCAAGGAAGGGUUUUCUACUGUUGAUACUACCUCCACAACAACCACAAUCUUCAAUUACCCCUAAAAAGCCCCAACAACCCAAGAAGCAACAACCAACAAUCAACAACCAACAACAACAACCACCCACUAUUCACAGCCCUGUAAUUACAAGCUAACCGUAGGCGCCACCUUUGUGCUGGCACAGGCGACGGCAAAAGUAAGCAAAAACCACUUGGAGCAGAAACAUAAACAAAAUCGUGUACACACAUAUAUAUAUAUAUAUAUAUAUAUAUAUAUAUAUAUAGAGAGAGAGAGAGAGAUAUGGGGGAACAACAACCGCCACAUCGACAAGAAAAAAGAAGUAAAGAGCUUCGUGAAGAAGCUCUACUAGUUCAUAGCAGUGUAUUGCAACCUUUAAAAUGAAGAACAAGAAGUGCAACAGCAGCAGUCACACAGCAAGAAAAAUAACAAUAACAACAUUCUCCAUUUGCAUACUAAGAAAUAAAGAGAAAACGUUAAAUAGAAAGCGCUGUCGUUCACCCAAGCCACUAAACUAGAAACUAAAACUAAAACUAAAACUAAAACUAAAACUGAACUAAACUAAACAAGAACUAAAACACACCCCGUUCCGAACUUUGUGUUGUUGUUUCUGUUGGGUGCAAACUUUUGUGUCGCCUGAGAUUUCGGCACCGCCCAAACAGUUUUUCCUCCUUUUCGAGGAUAAGUUCAUAGUUUUUUUUCUUUAAGUAAACAAUAUUUUCAACAACAACAACAACAACACAAAGGUUAACAGUAGCUAAAUGAGAAAACCCCCAAAAACUAACAAACCCACAAAUUUGAAUGCAAGAAGAAGAAGAAGAAGAAGAGAAAUUAAUGGAUAAAGAAGGAAAGUUUAGUAGUGUAUGCGUUAUAUUUUUUUUAAAUAUAUUUAACUAUAAAACGUUAA